CGCAGCUCACUUGUUAGACGCAUGCGCAGUGUAUAACGGAACGAGUCAACGGUCGAAGUUGGAAACAAGACUGAUUGUCAAUUCAAAUAAUAUUUUCAAACAAAGAAGCAAUGGAGAUUGUCUCUCCUCUCUCCUCACUUCGCCUGCUGGUUUCUCCUCUGCGCCUCACGUCCGCCUUCAUGUGGCAAGUUGUUCAGGACCAGGAUGUGGAGCAAUUUGGAAAACUGGAGGAAUUUGUUUCUGUGAUGACAAACCUUGUGCCAGAUCUCUUGAGCAGGAGGCAGAGGGCCACUUUGAUAGUAGGGCUGCGGGCAAAGAUGAUUCUCGAGAUGUGUCGAGGUGAGCUCCCAGCAGACCUUUGUACUGUCAAAUCACACCUUCACCAAAUUCAGACUGCUGAUUUAUUGAAGGUGAGCGAUACAGACAUGGAGAGUUUACAAGACAGCGUACUUCAACUUGUCCUCAGCUUGCUAGAGGACUCCAUGAAAAGAGAAUAUUUCUUUCAGGAAGUAUUUCCAGUUGAGUAUGGUCCUGACUUUGACAAAGCACUGCAAGUCCUAGUAGGAUUUUUUCUCUCCAGAUUGGAGCAACUUCUGCCUGUACCAAACUUCAAACAGCUCUCAUUGUUGCUCAACUGUCACCCUGGGGAGCUAGAUGUAUGUGUGGACUCGGUUUGUAAAUCACACAACUUGCUAUCCUUGCUGCAAAUGGAUGUUUGUGGGACUUUGGAUAAAAAUGUUCUUCCAUCAAUAGUGGAGGAUCGAAUAGUGUCAUCGUUGUCAUUGCCGCCUGUUGGUGACUCGGUCAUUAUAAACCCGCACAACAUUGAUGGCACAUUACUGCCUAUUGAUUCUGAAAACCUGCCAAACCAACAACAAGGUGUCGACAAGGAAACUGUAAAAAGUGAUCAAGAUGUCCAGAAUGUGGGAUCCAGCUUCAGCAGUGAGUCCACAGAGUCCUCUAUAGACAGUAAUGGAGAAAAAGAAGCCAACUCUAAUGUCGAUGAAAUGCAACGGACUAACUCAGAAGAGCCAAAUGUGCCGUCAUCCACCGAUGAUGCUCACAGAGGUGAUUUAGUUUUUCAGACCGCUGUGUCUCUCCAACGGCCCUCUCUUGACACCUUCCCAAACACACCUUCCAAAGGCUUCCACUAUGCAGGCAGGACUGUACAUAAAUGUCAGCAGUGUACAAAAUACUUCAUCUAUCUCUCUGAUCUUGUCAAGCACCAGGAAAUCCACACCCAGGCUGGGACCCAUGAGUGUCCUCAGUGCGGGCAGGUUUUUGACGAUUCAGCGCAGCUGGUGUCACACAGGAGCAACAACUGCAAUUCCAGAGUUUUUAAGUGCAUCAAAUGCACAGCCCACUUUAGAUCCCUCAGGACCCUAUACAGGCACAACCGAGUGCACAAAGAGAAAACCACACAUAAGUGCCCUGAAUGUGGACGGCUGUUCACCAGUCUAUCACGAUUAGUCGGUCACCGGCGAACUCACCGAACUCCCACUGUUAAAAAGAACUACACUUGUAAACAAUGCAACGAGACUUUCGGGUCGUACCGAGCCAGUUUAAUCCACCAGAAGAUUCACAAAGUUAAAGAUGUUCGCCCUUCUAAACCGGAACGGCAGCCAGGAAAGUGUCGUUUUUGUGACAUGACGUUCACUGUUGACAGUGAAUUAAGAAGCCACCUGAAGACCCAUGCAGAGUUCAGGCCAUAUAUAUGCGACCAGUGUGGGAAGUGCUUUUCGGCCAACAGCAGCCUGCUUGCCCACCUCUCGAACCACACAGGGGAGAAACCUCUCCUUUGUUCGCAAUGUGGAAAGCGAUUUUACAGCAAAAACCAAUUGAAAUCCCACAUGAGAUGUCAUUCGGGCGAGCGGCCGCACGUCUGUCCGUACUGCGAGAAGCAGUUCUCAAUGUCUGGGAAUUUGAAGAUCCACAUCAGAAUUCACACCGGGGAGAAGCCGUACGUUUGCCAUCAGUGCGGAAAGGGUUUUGUCUCCGCCGGAUGCCUGCAGGUGCAUCUGCGCUCCCACACCGGAGAGAAGCCGUAUCAGUGUAAAAUCUGUGCCAGGAAAUUUGUGGUUUCGAGUCACCUGACGGCGCACAUGUGCUUUCACACCGGAGAGCGUCCACACUGCUGCUUGCAGUGUGGGAAACGAUUCAUCCGGCGUUAUGACUUGAGCAAGCACAUGUACACUCAUAUUGGGAAGAGGCCGUUCCCAUGUCCUCUGUGCCCAAAGGCUUACACGUGUCGUACACACCUAAACAGGCACAUGAAGAGCCACAGUGUUUGACUUGAAUCGUUUUGUCAUUCUGAGUGCCUUGUGUGGAGGGAAAUCAAUCAUGAUCUUUAAAGCAAUAGUUCACCCAAAAAAUUAUGACAUUAUUUACUCACCCUCACAACUUGUGUCUAAACCCAUAUGCUGGUUUUUUUGCACCCCCGUGGAACAGAAUGACAUUUUAGAAGAAUAUUUAAGCAAGUGUUUUCCAAUUGACAGUACAUUUCAAGCUCUUAAAAAUUACAAAAACAAAACAAAAAAAGACAGGAUUGUAUUAAUAAAAUAGUCCUUACAGCUUAUGCACUAUAGUCCAAGUCUUGUGAAGUCAUUUUACUCAUUUGUGCGAGUAACCAAUUGAAAUUGUUGUCGUGCCCUUUUACUGAGCUUUUAACUGUGACCAGAUUGAGUCUGUUAGAAAGAAAGGUUGAAUUACCACUAAAUAAGUUUGCUCUGGUAUGGGACUACAGAAUCCUUUCAGACAUAAGAGUGAGUGAAUAACUACUGCAUUUGUUUUCUAUUUGAGGUGAACUAUAUAUUUUAAUUAAAACUUGUUUCAACUUUAUGUCCUGCCAAGCUGAUGUCCCUGAACUGUGUGAGCUACAGUUGUUUGGUUUAUUACAACAAAGUCGGCAACAUUUUCCUGCAUUACUGAUGUGUAACACAGUUUCGUGUUGUGGAUAUUUUCUCUAGAAUAUAGGUCUGGAGCCCACUUUUUUUCUUUUAGAUUGGGGUUUUUCAAAGAUAAUUUAAAGCUAAAAUUAUCCUCAGUUAGCAACGAUUAAUGAAAUAUGCUGAAUAGUAUAGCCUUACACAAAACACGAAACGAUGUGUUCACAUGACUUAAAGUGGGAAUUAAAAAUCAUACAAAACAAAA